ACCAUUCCUCGCCCUCUUGUGACUGUGAGGAAGGCACAACAUGGGUAGUUCAAGCAAGCGCAAACACUCCAAGGAUUCGUAUCGCGUCGAACCGGGACGGUCCCGGUCCAAGGACUCGUACCGCGUUUCGCGGCGCUCAUCUCAUCGGCACAGCAGCCACCGCAAGCAUGGUGCCAGCGAUGGCUCGCUCGUUCACGAGCACGCCCACGUGCGGAAGAUCAAGCGCCGCAAGCGGGUCCGGCGGCGGAAGCCACAUGCACCGGCGUACGGCACGUACGGUGUCUACGGGACGUAUGGCAAUGUCGGGAACUACGCCGUUGACGGCUAUGAUCCCACCUUUGCCGCCGGCGCAGCUGCAGGCAAGCCGCUGCCGCGCAAGCGUAGGCGGAGGGUGCCCAAGUACAUCAUCGUCUCCGAGUCGGUCUCGAGCGCCUCCUCUUCUGCCUCCUCGUCAGGCUCGUCGGCGUCGGGCUCGUCGUCAUCAGGCUCGUCAUCGUCGUCGUCGUCCAAGUCGUCGUCGCACCACGCUGCCCGCAUCGCCGAGCUGGAGGCUGCCUACGACCAGGUGGCCGACAAACUGGCUGAGGCCCAGGCUGAGGCCGACAACUCCAAGGCCAUGAAGAAGCGGAUCAAAAAGCUGGAGAAGGAGCUGGCGGCCGCUCGUGACGAGGCCGACUCCGCCAACAAGGCCGCCGAGCGUGCUGCUGCCACUACCAGCAGCUCGGGAUCGGCCAAGGCGUCCAAGGGUAAGCGCAAGCGCAAGCGCACAAGCAAGGGCAAGGGUAAGAGAAAGGGUAAGAGAAAGGGCAAGGGCAAGGGCUCGCCGUCGUUUACCUACGAGUACGAGUAUUCGUUCUCGUACAUGAACGUGCCCGUUGAAGAGCUGGACAAUCUCCCGUCCGAGUACGAUCUGGCCUCUGUCCAGCUCUCAGACUCUGCCACAGAGCCCGAGUCUGAGUCCGAGGCAUCUCCGUCGCCCAAGUCUGAGUCCGAGUCAUCUCCGUCGCCCGAGUCCUCUCCGCCAGCCGAGGCAUCUCGGUUGGCCGGCUCUGGCUCUGGCUCUGGUUCGGCGUCGUACGAGUGGUCGUCCCACAUCGUCCGCCACUAUCCGCCUUCUCACAGCGAGGCCAAGGUUCUCUCGGCAUCCGACGAUGCUCAGGGCGCUGUGCCCGAAAGCUUGUCGGCCGCUAGCCACAACUCAUCCGUGUCUGCCGACUCGACACCCUCUCACGCCUCCGCCUCUCACGCCUACGUCACCGACUUUGUGGCCUUUGACACGCGGUCGGCGUCCCGAUCGGCAUCGCGCGACACAGCCAAGCCCGACGCCGGGUCCUCCUCCUACUCGUCCGCCUCCUCCUCAUCCCAACACAACCGCUCGUGGCACGAUGCCGAGCUGUACUCGACCGACUUUGAGUACUUUGACGGCAACUCGUCGUACCGAACCGACUUUGUUGACUUUGACACAACAGGCUCAGCGUCUGGCUCAACGACCGACAACUCGGACAAGUCAUAACACACUCUUGAACACAAA